GCCGCCCCGGCUGCUCCCUGCGGUGCUCCCUUAUCUCCCGGCCGCGGCGGGGGAGUCCCGGUUCCUCCCUCCCACGUCAGUGUUGUAGCCCCCGGUGCCCGCGGCCCGUUCCCUGGGGGCCUCCGGCACGGCGGAGCGCUCCCGGCACUUCCAUCGCGGAGCUGCGCUCUGUGGUAAUGGUGGAGAGGAGUCAUGGUGGAAAACAGGGCCCAGCGCUGCGCUCAGCGCGUCACGGCCCGAGUGGCUGAAAAAAGCCGAGCAGGAAAAGCGUGCCUUCGUUCUGCUGAUGCUUGGGGUGCGCUUAGGGCUUUAAGUUAAGCGUGGAAGUCAGCAGAAAGCGUAGCAAACAUGAGGGUGGUCGGGGAGCUGUAAGCACUGCUGUGCAGGCAGGGUUUGGAGUAGAGCAGCCGGUAUCUGUAAGGAGAUAAAAUAGCGCCUGAGCUGAGACAGACACCCAGAACGUGCUCAGGAUUAGGGCUGUUUCCUUCCAUCUUUAAAUGUGAACUUAGAAUUUUCGUGGAAGGACUUGGUGGUACCAGCAGUUCCUGUAGCUGCUCGUUUGGAGGUUCUCUCAUGCCUGUUUACAGCUACUCCGCAAUGUUGAAAAGAAAAACAGCCGUUCAGAUUACAAGGAUGUACGUUUGUUAACUGUGGCAAGGGAGAUUUAUCAUUUCCAGCGAGGACGUACAGUUUAGAUGUGCUGAAUCCAAAUACUCUUUUUGACCUUUGGUCUAUGUUAAACAUUGGGAAUUCUAGAAAUUGAAGCUUGCUUUAUUAACAGAGGUGUUGUUCUGUGAGGCACUGCGUUCUUAAUUUUUGUAAUGAAAUGCUUUCCGAAGAACUGCCUUUUUAAUGAACUUUUCCUCCUUUCUGCAUAUGGGCAAAACUUUCCUCAAGAGAAGGUUUCUUACUGACUUGUCUUUGUGCCUUGUUUGACGUCAUGGUCGUUUCUCUCAAAAAUAUCAAAUUUCAACAAUUUGUUUGUUAGUUCUUCAAAUAUCUCAAAGUCUUCAUUUUGAAUGCUGAUCUUUUUUAGUUGAGGUUUUGUUGGUUGGUGUCCGGAGGGCAGUGGCUGCCAGCGUGUGUUCUUUGAGGUGUGCAUUGCAUUUCCUCUGGUCAGCUUUUGUGCUUUUCUUAACGGGAUGCGUGGAAGUGAUCUCUGAACUGGCUGGACAAUCCCAACGAAAGGAGUAAAAUCCAUAUCUGUGGGUGUAUUAAGCUGUUCUGUAAAAACUUAAAAGGCUUUCUGCCCCUCUUGGAAGCCCUCUGUUUUUUUUUGCUGGUGUUUCAGAAAGGAAUUAGUAUUUCUUUAAAAUUCUUUGGAAAAUGUUAGUAUAUGGAGCUUCUUUGUAAAAUGCAUAGUUAAAUCAUUACAGUGAAGAUGGUGUUUAAAAACGAAAACACCUCCAAGAUCUGAAAGACACAGGGAACUAAUCCACAGCAUGAGAGUCCAAAUUCUCUGAAAAUAUUCCUGAAGAGUAAGGAGUUCUUCAACGUAUCUCUUGUUGAAGUAAGUGUGUCAACGUGGACCUGUUUAGAAAUAAGUUCCCUUUCUCUUAAGGCAGUUUUAAGUUCAACUGAUUUUUUGGUAGAGAAAAAAAAAUUCAUUUAUUUGCCUUUCAGUUGGUUCUGAAAAGUCGAUACUGUUACAGGAGCUGAACUCCUAUCAGUCUGUGGCAAGGGCAAACUCUCUUCUCAUUGACACCUAUAUAUCACCAAAAUCCCCACAAUGGCAUUACAUAAAUAUAUGGGAAACAUUAGAAAUCUGGUAACAGGAUUUGAGCUGGCUGCUCUCGAAGAGGAAAGGGCAAGUGUUAAACGUUGAGAAUAUACUGCUUGGUGUUGACUUGGGGGGGUUGUACCUGGAAGUGAGUGAACUUUGGCCAUCGCCAAGUGAACCAUAGUUUCUGUCAGUGAGUUGCUCACAGGCAGUUAGUUUAAGGAGGGAGAGGAGAUCUAAGGUUUUAAUUCCUGAAGAGGAUUGCUGUCUUCUCCUGUAAAGCAUCCAGUGGGUGUUUUGGCAAAACAUAGUCUGGAUAGAAUUAUAUAUUCUAAUAUAUCACCGAGUUUUUCUCUUGUUGAUAACUUUUCUGGAAUUUUAAGUAGGCUGCAGAUAUUCCCAGUGGCAUGAAUGUUCAGUGAAAAAAAAUGGAUUGGAAUAUCACCUCUAAUGGUCGCUAAAGGCUUUCCUUCAUAUAGAAUUUGAUGUGUGGUAUAAGGAGAUUCACAUGUGACAGAUAUUAUGGAAUGUAGAAAUAAGCAAGUCUGCUCUGUAAAGAGGAUUUAUUUUAAUUUCAAGUCAUCGUUGCUGAAUGAUGCAAAGCUAUUAUGAUUUCUAAGCCUUUAAUGAAGCUAGUUUUGUAAAUGAUGGCUACUGAAGAGAAAUGAAUAAAAGAUUCUAGUCUUUGCAGAGAAUACUUUAAUGCUUGCAAUUUGAUGACGUGAUCCAGUCAGGAUGCUUUCAGAGCUGCAUAACUUGAGAAGGAAGGCUUGAAAAAGUUACCUCUUUGCAAAGCAAACAAACAGCUAAUCUGCAUAAAUGACACAUAACAGAGAUCAUUUAAAAAAAGACACAAUCUCUGCAGUCAACCUUAAGAGCAUGUCAAUAUCAAGGACUCUUUAAUUUAGUCAUUAAAUUGAUUUUUUUUUUUUAAGGUUUGUGAAUUCAAUCCACAGUGGACUGUAUUGCCUCAGUUUGAGGAAGCUCUACAUAACAAGUUGCCUUAUUUUUAUUUUAUUUUUAAGAUCUCAUCUGUAGAGAAGCUUUUGAGCCCUAUCAGAGUUGCUCCGUUUCUCAUUCUCACACAAGAUCUGUUUGCAAGCCUGUCCUUUGCAUGAGCCUCACAAGGGAGCUGGCAAGGAGGCCUGAGCAGAGCAGGCCUGGCAUGGAACCAUCAGGCUGCUGCUUCUGUUCAGAGCUGCGUCUGCUGCUGCUCUUCUCUUCCUGGGCAGCUGCCUGGGGGAGCAGAGUUCAAGCCCUCAGCCCUUGCUUUCUUUGGCAAGGGCUGGUACUUGCAUAUCCCAUGUCUUUAUAAUGCCCUGUGCCCACUGGUGUGCAGCUCUGAUGGGAAACGCUCUCAACCUCAUGUUGAACUUUUCUAUUCAAAGAAAACAGAGUUAUCAUGGAAUGAGCCACAUUCUCACCGUGCUGCUUGAAAAUUGGGGCAUCUAGCUGGGGAGGAGGUACUGAAUUUUUUUCUCCCUUGCUCAAGGAAUUGUGCCUUGAUUUGAUCCAAUACCUGAUUAGUAAAAAUGCACAAAUGAACAUUGCAAAUGAGGGAGAAUCCAAGUCAUCUACUUGGACAGCUGAAGACAAGGCUGAAGUUGUCUUUGAGAGCUACUUAGUGCUUUUGUGCAAGGAAUGGCUUCAGCUGGAGAGAUGGAAAUUGCCCCUAUCUGUACCUGUGUGUUUGGCUGCUUUUUUGGAAGAUGGAAAUGUGGAUUUAAAGUAUUAAAAAGGAAUUAAGUUUGUAUCUCUGUGUGGGUGAGAAAUCUAGUUGGUGAAUUAAGAUGUAAGGCAAUGCCAGCCACUAACUGAAGAGCGUCCCUUUCUCUACUUCUGUGUCAUGUUCUUGUACUUCUGAUGUGGAGCAGUGAAUGUCUCCUCCUGCUGUUAGGCCUCUGAGCUCUGGAUAUGAACGGAUUUGAGAAUGAAGCAUUGUCAGCACUGUUUCCAGUUAGCUCUUCCAGACAGUGCGGAGCUCAGCAUCCUUUGCAGCACUCCAGAGCCUCUCCUUGCAGCUUGGUUCUGACUGCCUUCAGGUUGGCAGAUUGGGAAGGCAGGCAGAGCAAACAGGUAACUACUGAGCCUGGCCGAGUUAACGUGCAAAUUUGAACCUUUUUCCAAAUACAAACAUUAAUGAAAUGUAUCUGCAUUUCAGAUAAAAAGUAUCUCAGUCCUGUUUACUAGAAAAUGGUCUGGAGGUCCUAAAGUUCCCAUGGGAGAGGAGGACAGUAAUAGAAGUACCAUUACUUGGCUGCCAAAACGUAGUACAGUGAAAUAAUGGUCUUCUAGCCUGCUAAGCAACUGUCCAGCUUCCACAAUGCCUGUGCAGGCAGCUCAGUGGACAGAAUUUCUGUCCUGCCCAAUCUGCUACAACGAGUUUGAUGAGAAUGUGCACAAACCCAUCAGCUUAGGUUGCUCUCACACUGUCUGUAAGACCUGCCUGAACAAGCUUCAUCGCAAGGCAUGUCCUUUCGACCAGACUGCCAUCAAUACAGACAUCGAUGUGCUUCCUGUAAACUUUGCACUCCUCCAGUUAGUUGGAGCCCAGGUACCUGAUCAUCAGACAGUAAAGUUGAGUAAUGUAGGAGAGAACAAACAUUAUGAAGUAGCAAAGAAAUGUGUUGAGGAUUUAGCACUCUACUUAAAGCCAUUAAGUGGAGGAAAAGGUGUUGCUAGCUUGAAUCAGAGUGCACUGAGCCGUCCAAUGCAAAGGAAGCUUGUGACACUGGUGAAUUGUCAGCUGGUAGAGGAAGAGGGUCGAGUUAGAGCUAUGAGAGCAGCUCGAUCACUGGGCGAGAGAACUGUUACAGAAUUGAUCUUGCAGCACCAAAAUCCUCAGCAGCUUUCUGCCAAUCUUUGGGCUGCUGUCAGGGCACGAGGAUGUCAGUUUCUAGGGCCAGCUAUGCAAGAGGAGGCACUGAAACUUGUAUUACUGGCACUGGAAGAUGGCUCCGCACUCUCAAGAAAAGUUCUGGUACUUUUUGUGGUGCAAAGGCUAGAACCAAGAUUUCCUCAGGCCUCUAAAACAAGCAUUGGUCAUGUUGUGCAGCUACUGUAUAGAGCAUCAUGCUUUAAGGUGACGAAAAGGGAUGAAGAUUCUUCUCUGAUGCAACUUAAAGAAGAGUUUCGGAGUUACGAGGCUUUGCGGAGGGAACAUGAUGCCCAAAUUGUUCACAUUGCCAUGGAAGCAGGACUUCGAAUAUCACCAGAACAGUGGUCUUCCCUUCUUUAUGGUGACUUGGCACAUAAAUCUCACAUGCAGUCCAUUAUCGACAAGCUCCAAUCUCCAGAGUCUUUUGCAAAGAGCGUGCAAGAAUUGACGAUCGUCUUGCAGCGCACAGGCGAUCCUGCAAACUUAAACAGGCUGAGACCUCAUUUAGAGCUCCUGGCAAACAUAGACCCAAAUCCAGAUGCAGCAUCUCCAACAUGGGAGCAGCUGGAAAAUGCAAUGGUGGCUGUAAAGACGGUGGUACAUGGGCUGGUGGAUUUCAUUCAAAAUUACAGUAGAAAAGGCCACGAAACUCCACAGCCACAACCAAAUAGCAAAUACAAAACAAGUAUGUGCCGAGACCUUCGACAGCAAGGGGGAUGUCCAAGAGGAACCAACUGUACAUUCGCUCAUUCUCAGGAAGAGCUUGAAAAAUAUCGCUUGAGGAACAAAAAAAUCAGUGCAACAGUGAGAACAUUCCCCCUUCUAAAUAAAGUUGGCGUUAAUAGCACCGUCUCAACCACUACAGGAAGCGUAAUUUCUGUCAUAGGAAGCCCUGAAGCAACAGUGAAGAUGGUGCCAAGUACUAAUGGAAUAGCUAAUUUAGAAAGUGGUGUUCCCCAAUUGAUCCCUCGCUGUGCAGACACCUCCCUAAGAGCUUUGGAGAACACCAAGAAGGCAGGGAAGAGUGGAGCCAAUGGCCAGAAUGUUUCUGGAUCCCCUACAGAAUCACUACCUGAAAAUAAAAUUGGUUCUCCACCCAAGACUCCUGUAAGCCAGGCAGCAGCUACCUCAGCUGGUCCUCCUAAUAUUGGAACAGAAGUUAAUUCUGUGCCUCCAAAAUCCAGCCAGUUUGUUCCCAGAGUACCUGUUUACCCUGCACAUUCUGAUAACGUUCAGUAUUUCCAAGAUCCCAGAACUCAGCUGUCGUAUGAAGUUCCACAGUACCCACAGACAGGAUACUAUCCACCACCUCCAACAGUACCAGCUGGCGUGGCUCCUUGUGUUCCUCGCUUUGUGAGGUCCAAUAAUGUUCCAGAAUCCUCCCUCCCACCUGCUUCCGUGCCAUAUGCCGAUCAUUACAGUACGUUUCCACCUCGAGAUCGACUGAAUUCUCCUUACCAACCUCCUCCUCCGCAGCCGUAUGGACCAGUUCCUCCUGUCCCUUCUGGAAUGUAUGCUCCAGUUUAUGACAGCAGGCGCAUCUGGCGCCCACAGAUGUACCCACGGGAUGAUAUUAUUAGGAGCAAUUCUUUACCUCCCAUGGAUGUGAUGCACUCAUCUGUCUAUCAGACAUCAUUACGUGAGAGAUACAACUCUUUGGAUGGGUAUUACUCUGUGGCUUGUCAACCUCCAAAUGAACAGAGGACUGUGCCUUUACCAAGGGAGCCUUGUGGUCACUUGAAGACUGGGUAUGAUGAACAAUUACGACGGAAGCCAGAACAGUGGGCACAAUAUCACACACAGAAAACUCCUCUUGUAUCAUCAACCCUUCCUAUGGCAACACCAUCUCCAACACCACCUUCUCCUCUCUUCAGUGUAGAUUUCAACACAGAGUUCUCUGAGAGUGUCAAUGAUUUGAGUGGAACUAAAUUUGAGGAAGAUCAUCUCUCUCACUAUUCACCAUGGUCUUGUGGCACUAUUGGCUCUUGUAUAAAUGCUAUCGACUCAGAGCCCAAGGAUGUGAUUGCCAAUUCAAAUGCCGUGUUAAUGGAUUUGGACAGCAGUGAUGUUAAAAGGAGAGUACAUUUAUUUGAAACUCAGAGAAGGGCAAAGGAAGAAGAUCCUAUAAUCCCAUUUAGUGAUGGACCGAUCAUUUCCAAGUGGGGUGCAAUCUCCAGGUCAUCCCGCACGGGUUAUCACACAACAGAUCCAAUUCAGGCCACUGCUUCCCAAGGAAGUGCAACUAAGCCCAUCAGUGUAUCAGAUUAUGUUCCUUAUGUCAAUGCUGUUGACUCAAGGUGGAGUUCUUAUGGCUCAGAUUCAGCAUCAUCAGCACGUUAUGCAGAACGGGACAGAUUCAUAGUUACAGAUUUGUCUGGUCACAGAAAGCAUUCCAGCACUGGAGAUCUAUUAAGUAUUGAAUUACAGCAGGCCAAAAGUAACUCAUUAUUACUUCAGAGAGAAGCAAAUGCACUAGCCAUGCAACAGAAGUGGAAUUCUCUAGAUGAAGGCAGUCGACUUACCUUAAAUCUUUUAAGCAAGGAUAUUGAUUUGAGGAAUGGUGAGACUGAUUAUAGUGAAGACUGUGCCGAUACAAAGCCAGAUCGAGACAUUGAAUUGGAGCUAUCUGCUCUUGAUACAGAUGAACCUGAUGGGCAGGGUGAACAAAUAGAAGAGAUUCUGGAUAUACAGCUGGGUAUCAGUUCUCAAGAUGAUCAGCUGCUCAAUGGAACAACUGUAGAGAAUGGGCAUCCACUAAAGCAGCACCAGAAAGAAUCUAUGGAACAGAAGAGACAAAGUUUAGGUGAAGACCUUGUGAUUCUGGAGGAGCAGAAAACAAUCCUGCCCGUAACUUCUUGCUUCAGUCAGCCGAUCACAACAUCUGUUAGCAAUGCAAGCUGCCUGCCCAUCAGCACAUCAGUCAGUGUUGGCAGCCUCAUUUUGAAAACUGCUCACAUUAUGUCUGAGGAUAAAAAUGACUUUUUAAAGCCUGUUGCAAAUGGCAGGAUGGUUAACAGCUGAAAGGCAUUCAUCUUUCCAGCUUGUGACCACACCGUGGAAGCAUUUACACUAGCUUUUUAUAUAUAUAAUAUAUAUUAUAUAAUGUAUAUUUUUUUUAAAGAAUAAUAUUGGGGUCAUGCAUUUCCUGUGGACUCUUUGAUACUUCAAGCCCCUCUCGCAUUAGCAUUCUGAAGAAAAAAAAAACUUACUUUACUAGGGUAAGGCGUUCACUUUCCACAGAUGAAUGGAAUUUGGACAUUGUUUUACUUAAGCUUAAAGCAGCUUUUUAUGAGUUUGUAGCAAUCCGGUGCGGUAUCUGAGCCAUUCUUGUUUAAAAUGGCUUCUGUAGAAAACUAACAACUCAGUUAUUUAAACUAGCAGGAUCCUACGAUGAUACAUCUAGUGAAAGGAAGACUAACUUAUUUGUCUCUAUUUUGUUUCAUGAGAGAAGAACUUGUCUUGUUGCAGCUGCUUUUUCCUUAGUUGUGGAACUUUGCAUGGAGUAUUGUUUCCUGAUUGAAGACUGAGAGGUGGGGAUUUGGACUUGAGACUUUUUACAGGGUUAACACACCAUUAGCUUUGCACUGCUGCGUUAUUUGCAGGUCUGUGGUGCAGUGCUUUGCUGCAGCGUUUUGUUUCCAUUUCCCCCCCGUGCAUGCACAUGCACACACACACACAUACACAUACACACACAAACACAUUUCUGCUUUAGUACUGUAGAUAUACACAUACACAGGCUACUUGUCCAAGUAAAGUUACCAGAAGUAAACCAAGUGCCUAAGUCCUCCAGCUAACAUUCUAGGUAUUGAUCUCCCAAGUUAUACACGAAACAAUUUUCAACCAUAUUGAGAAGUUAUGCACUAAUGUAACAGCAGUUUGUUCUUUUUUUAUUAAUGGUUCUCAACCUGCAGAUUGUAGAAUCCAGAUGACUUGGCAAAAAGUAUCAGGUGCUCUUUGCUUUCCUUUGAAAACCCUGUACGUAGUGUUUGCACUGACUAACAAGAUGGUAUUGCUGUUUUUGUACUGUUUUGUUUUUAAUUUAAACUAAAUAUUGGGAAUUUAAGGCAGUUAUUACCUUUUAUUUAGUGUUGUUAAUCAUAAUUUUAUAUUCAGGUUUAAUUUUUGCUUGUUCAGUGGCAACUUAUUUUCAAAGACUUUGAAAAUACAGUAAUAUAGCAUUAUUUGACCUUUAGAGCUCUGAAAAGUGUAUGAAUUUAUGCCCUGUUAAGAUGUGACUGAGAAUCAUGUUAGACGUGUCAGCUGAAGAUAGAUUUUUUUCAUAAAUGCACACAAAGUAGAGCCCUGGGCAUAUGUUUGUUUGGUUUUUAAGAAGCUUUUAAUCAGCUUUUUUUUUUUUUGAAAAGAAAGCAGGACUCUCCCUCCUGAUGAUUACCAUCUUGUUUGUCCUCUUACUUUUCUUUGUGACAAGUUUUACUUUUUUGUUUGUUUGUUUUAUUAACUUCUGUGAAGUUGUUUACUCUGAAAAUUGUACUGGAAUAUUUUAAGCCAAGCUGAUCUUUCACCAGGUGUACUGCAUGUAAGGGCUUUUCCUGCUAGCAAAAUGCUUAAAGAGGAUCAUGUUACUGGUCGUCUGAGUUGUUAUUUUACAAAAUCACAGCUAUGUGGUCGGGUAAGAUUUUGAUAACUGUUUUGUGCACGUUUCUGGGGGGUGGGGGUUGGCAUUUCCCUGAGGGUUACUGAUUAGACUAAGUAAAUAUUGGUGUUUGAUAUCUCUCCUAAUGAACCUGUCCAUGAAAUAAUUAUGUUGUAAAUAUACCUGAAAAUCCAAGGGUUAGUUUUGAUAUUCUGGUGUCAGUAUGGAAGAUCUUACACAUCUAUUUAAUACUCAAAUGUUAAGGAAUGUAUGUAGAAAAAACAGUCAAGUAGUCUUUUAGUUUCCUUUGGCUGUUGCUGUACCUUCCUAUAGCUAGUGCCACCUCAUAGCUAGGGUUAGAUUGAUGCUUUGUUUCACUUGCAACUCAAAGUGAAUGGAUACAAGAACCAGACCACCUUUGUCACCUUAACUUAUUUCCUAUUGAUGUUAAACUUAACUUAGAAUGUUAGACAUAAAUAUGAUUGUUGUAUAUUUUAUACCAAGACCAUUCUGUAAAUAUGAAUUUAUAUUACUUUUGAAAUGCUUCUGAGAUACUAUUAUUUGCUGUACAAUGUAAUUCCAAAACAGAUAUGCAAACAAGUAUGUCUCUUUCAUGGAUAUUUAAACAGUGAGAUCUUCCAUGUUGAAGGUGAUGUAAUUUUUUUAAAAGAUUUUUAAAUUUUAAAUUGCUAUUUUGUUACAAAAAUAGAGAAAAUAUAAAGGUUUGAGAAGUCCUUAUUUGCCCUCAGGGAAAGAGCCCUCUGUGCACCAGAACUCCACAGAACAUCUUCAGCAUGAUCUGAGGGUGAAUAUAUACUACAUAAAUUGAUUGUGUAUUUACCUUAACUUUUUAAUUUUAAAAUUGCAGUUUUAAAAACUUGGUUGUGCUCUGCUGGAGGGGGAUUGGAAUAAGCUGCUUACACACAUUUGCCUGUUUGUCCAGUGAAGUUACAUAAGCCUAACAUAUUCCUGCCAACCAUAUUGGCAUAUAUAAGAACAAAUGUAUCUAUAUACUCUUGCCUGCAGCAGGAGGUCCCAUGAUAUAGUAGUUCUCUAGGAUGACCAUAUACUUCAUAUGGAGAGUUGGUUCUUAACUGAGACUAGUUAUUUUCUUGAAUUUUUUAAUGUAGAGAAUGACAGGCAAAAGAAUUACCUGGGCAUUUAAAUAGCAUGCCAGCUUUUGUCUUACAGUUUAACACUGACUGUGUGAUUUUUGCCAUGAAACUAUGCCCUCCAGUGCCCUGACAAGUAGAAGCUACAGGUGGGAACCUAUAGUUCUGGCUUUCUUCCUUGGCGGAGUUUCAUCCCUUGACCCUAUGAACAAGUAUGUAUUCAUUUGUCUAGUUGCAAAUCAGGUGCCUUUGGGCUAUGGAAGGGCUUACUUUCUGACACUGAGAUAUAGUUACUAAUUUUUGUGCAUUAGUAGCAGUGGUUCCCAUUUAGGUUUUGGCCUAAGAUACCUUUGCUGUCAGGAAAAAAAAAAAGGCCCAUAGCAGACUGGGGAAAAGAGAUUGGCUCUUUUGCUUUGCUUGGACAAGCGUUUUGGGUUUGUUUGUUGUGGUUUUUUUUCUUUUGUUUUCCCCUCUUAGGGGUACAGCAGGGAUUUCACAUGCAAGAGAUACAGGAAUUAUUAGUAUCUAAGUUAAUUGUGUUGCCUCACUACCUGGAUUCAUUCCUUGUUUUGCCUCAUUUUCCACAUAGGUCUUAAUAGAGACUAAUGCUUGUGCUGGGAGAAUGCUUGUGUGAAAAGUAAUUAUCUGUACAUUCUUAACAUAUAAUUAUAGCAGAGUGAUAGCCCUGCUACUGAUAUUUUGUUCCUGUAAACAGGUGACAAGAAAUGAACCUUAGUGUUUAUGCAGAUUUUGCAUUGUAGAAUGUAUACUAGACCCUUCAAAGGAAAGGUUAGACUCUUUGCAAAGCAAACUGGCAUUGGUUCUUGGUAGUCUAGUACAGGGAUGCUGAAGUUUGACACUUGAUUUAAAAACAAAAAAAAAUGUACACAGCUGAUUGUUAAAUAAGCUCUUAAUUGCUCAUUGUAGACGUCUAAUCUGGCAGGUUUUAAUGCUUUGAUAACACGAUAGUGUUAUUGCACAGUUUUAAUUAUCCUGUGCUCAAGAGCUGAAUGCUGUUCUUGUAUAAUAGUGUACUGGGCUGGAUGAGGUACAAAGCAAUGCACAGUGGUCGGAAACAGCUGAGGAAAGAACACUUAAAAUAACUAUCUACACUCAGAGUAGUUCCAAACAUGUUUUUGUUUGCUUUCUUAAAGCACAAGUUGUCAAGUUGUAUCUGUUGCUGUACAUAGACACUGUAUGCCAGCAGCUCCUUGAUCAUCUUUGUGAACAGGUUCUUCAUUAUUAUUAGACUUAAAGGAAGAUGUUGAAUUUGAGAGUGUAACAAAAUGAGAAAUGAUCGAAUUAUCUAUAGUAUGUAAAAGUCCAUUCUUUAUGUUGUAGUUUGAUCCCUUCUGUUAGGCAGCUCCCUCUCAUUGAGGGACCUCUUCUGCAAGCAGAACACAACAAAUGUGCUUUGGAAUGACCAAGUUUUCAGGAUAACCGAGCAGUGCUUUGGCAGCAGGCAGCACUGUGCGUCUCUUUGCUGGCAAGGGAGCACAGCGAGGGAAGGGAGAUGUCGGUGACGGGGGAAGCCAAAAAGGAAUCGCUGACAUUCCCAAAUCCAAACGUAGCACUGCACCUCCAGUCGUAAUCGAGGCUGAACUCGAACAGAGCCUACGUUUCUCGCUGCCAAAAGCCAGGGUCGUUGCCCAGAGCCCAUUGACUUACCCAGAGUAGAUCUCCGUGAAUCCGAGGCAUGGGAUGCAUGCAUUUCGUAGCUGGGCAAGCAAGUAUAUUAUACGGUAGUUGUGAUACAACACACGUGGCUUUGAUUUGUACUGCACAUCCCCACUGUACAGCCACUCCGAAGUAUCGUGGUUAGCUUGCAGCAUCUGCUGUCCGCAUUUAUACUGUUUACUGCGUAUUCUUUUCCCUGGAAGUUUAAGGAAAUUUUUUUCUUGUUGCAUCGAUUACAUUUUAUAAAUUUGCUUAGCUGGAAAGUUUGGGAAAAGAGGCCUGUUUGUCAAUUGUACAACCGAUUGUGAAGCUCUAGUGUGAAUAUUUUUACGUCUGUAUUAGACAUUUUCUUUGCAAAUCUAUUGUUCGAUUGAAAUGUAAAUGAAAUAAAAGAUGGUGUACACCCAUCAUGUAUAAAGCAGGCACCAUCGCUACGAUGGAUUUAAUGCUCAUUUUUAUGGCGCAUUCUCAGCUUCUAUUUAAAACUAUAAUUUAAAAUCUGUAAAAUGAAAUGGGGUUAUAUGGGGGAGUAAAUUCUAUUCCGUUUAUUUCGGUUUGAGUUCCCGACUCGUCUGUUCCCUCGUGUUAGAGUAGGGGGGCCCCGCGCGGGGCGGCCGUGCGUGUUUGCUGUAGCACUGAAGUGAAGAGGUUUUAGCUUUGGCUGGUCACAGAGUAGAGCAUCAUGGUUUUCAGUGUUUGAGAGAAUCGAUUGAAGAAGUUUGCAGUAUUGACAUGUAUUUGCAUGCACAAAUAAAAAUUAUUUGUCCACCUUAA